AAUGAGAAGAAUCCAUAUUUAUAAUUGUUUCAUUACUUCGUAUAAGUUUUACUAUUAGUAUCGGUAUUUUCGCGAGAUCUGCAUCACGCACCGGACCGAAAUUAAAAUGGCCGACAACUACGAUGAUGAACCUAUUUCCGAUCAGGAAAAGGUUAGGAUAGCUUCAAAUUUCAUCCUCCAUGCUCCCCCUGGUGAAUUUAAUGAAGUAUUUAAUGAUGUUAGAAUUCUAGUGAAUGAAGAUAGUCUUCUGAAAGAAGGUGCAUCUGGAGCAUUUGCCCAGUACAAUAAGGACCAGUUCACUCCUUGUAAAAUAGAAGGCUCUGAUUAUCAGGUGCUUAUAACAGAACAUGGAGAUUUAGGCAAUAAUAGAUUCCUUGAUCCAAGAUCUAAACAAACGUUCCGUUAUGACCAUCUAAGGAAAGAAGCUCAGGAUGUUCAACCAGUAGACGUUGAUCAAAAAGCUGAAAGCUGGCGUCAUGCAGUGGAAGUCGCUCUCACAGCAUACAUUUCCUCACAUUACAAAUAUGGUGUUACCACUAUCUAUGGCAGCAGAAGGGAUGGAAAUAUAACUAUCAUUGCCUGCAUAGAAAGCCAUGCCUUUGAACCUAAAAACUGGUGGAAUGGUAGAUGGAGAGGUCAAUGGUCUGUAACAUUUCCAGAAUCUGGUGGUUCAGCUGAAGUGAGCGGUUUGUUGAGAGUUCAGGUCCAUUAUUAUGAAGAUGGCAAUGUGCAAUUAGUAAGUUCAAAAGAAUUCAAGCAGAACAUAAAAGUACAGAAUGAGGCAGAAACAGCCAAAAACUUUGUCCACUUGAUUUCGGAAUCAGAAGGAGAAUAUCAGCGAGCACUCUCAGAAAAUUACCAAACCAUGUCUGACACAACAUUCAAAGCAUUGCGUCGUCAAUUACCUGUCACAAGAUCAAGAAUAGAUUGGAACAAAAUCUUGGGCUACAAAAUUGGUGGCGACUUGAAAAGUAGUAAGGGAGAUCAGUAUGAUUAGUUUGAUUUUUUUAUUUUAUUUUUUGUAAUUUAUAAUUUAUUUUUGUUUACUGCUAUCAUUUGUUUUUUUCAAUUCAUGAUAAAAUUAAUACUGUACAUUGGCAUUUAUAAUUUCUAUUAUUUUAAGAGAAAAUAUUGUUUUAAUGUGGGUUAAAUUCUUGCAAGGUAGUUACCAUAUUUUACAGCGUUUGUUUUGAUCCUUGUUAGUAAGACAAUGGUAAAGAGUUAUUAAGUCCUCUGCUAUUGUAGUACUUUGGGGUACAUAGUAACUUGUAGACUAAUAGCUACACACUUGUAUGUGUGUAUACAUUUGGCCCUGCUCUAAUCUUUCAUAACAGUUGAUAGAUGGAUGAUACAUUUUAUUGGUACAGUUGUUAGACUAUGUACAUAUGAAGAGUAUGAUGAUUUGUUUUUUUCCCUUUUCCGUUCUCCUGUUCCAUCAACAUUUUGUUUUUUGUUAAGGUGGCAUUUUAUGGUUCAUUGUAAGAUCAGCCCAUGUACAAAAUGUUUGUGUGUAUGUUUGUAUUUUGAACAAAUGAUAAUGCUCAUUUAUUUCUCUUCUCCUGUGUGCCCUUGACACCAAGUCUCUUCAAACUGGAAACGAAAAAAUAACUUUAUUGUAAAAUAUUCUAAUCCAACAGCUUUUCGUUGAUAAUAAUGCAACAAUAAAAAUAAAAUUCCUUUUAAAAGCUCAGUUUGUUUAUUUUAUCCUGUCUUGUGUUCGUUUAAAUUUUUAAUGAAAAUUAUCUUUAGUCUAAAUUGUGUUUCAUUUAAAAUUUUGUUUCCUUAAAUAUAUAAAAAAGAUUUCUACUUGCUAAAAAUAACCUACCAAAAGCUUGCUAAAAAAAAAUAACAAAAAGAAAAUUGUUGUUUUCUCAAUAUUUUUUUAUCUGUAAUCAAUCUUUCUUAAAAAAAAAUUUGACAGUUAUUCCUAAUAUCAUCAAAUCAUGUUUUCAAAUGAAUUUUGAUGUAUUUUUGUGUAUGUAUUAAUGUACAGUGAAUAAAUGCACCCAUACAUUUAUCAAAUCUAUUGACACUUGAAAUGAAUACUUAAUUGCUAGUUUAGAAUACUUCAGGCUGGAGAGUAUCAUUCUUUUCAGUUGGUUAGGAAGUCACAAAGGCAAAUAUUUCUUUUUCUUAUUGCAUAUGUGAAUAUGUAUGAACUUAUUGUAUUAAAGAUUUACCUUGAACAGUU